AUGGGUUAUGUUCGUCCACUGGCUCUACAUAUAUCGAGAUGUUUAUCCAGGCUAUCAUCUCUCCACGAAAAUUCUUUGAUAGAGUUGCGAGGAAAACUCGUCCAUCAAAAUGCGUUCGGAUAUCAUUCGAUAAGGUUCCUCUCGCAACGCGCUCAAGGUGUGAACAAGCCCAACUACAACGUUGGAACAAUUGGGCAUAUUGAUCAUGGGAAGACUACGCUUACCGCAGCCAUUACUCAAGUGUUGAGCAAACAAGGAUUGGCUAAGCCAGUGAAGUUUGAUGAAAUCGACAAAGCUAAAGAAGAAAAAAAGCGAGGGAUUACUAUCAAUAUAGCUCACAUUGGAUAUGAAAGUGCAGCCAGGAGAUAUUCCCAUACUGAUUGUCCUGGACAUUCAGAUUUCAUUAAGAACAUGAUUUGUGGAACGGCUCAAAUGGAUGCUGCUAUUUUGGUGAUCGCUGCCACUGACGGUGUAAUGGCUCAGACUAAGGAACAUCUAAUCUUGGCUCGUCAAAUUGGUCUGAAACAUAUAAUUAUUUACAUCAAUAAAUCUGAUCUUGUUGAAGAAGAUGUUCUUGACCUGGUGGAACUUGAAGCUCGAGAACUUUUGUCGACACAUGGAUUUGACGGUGAAAACGCUCCUGUAAUCCGUGGAUCUGCUUUACAUGCUCUUGAAGGCACAGACUCCUCCAGCAUUGACGAAUUGCUUUCAGUUCUCGAUGCAUUGCCUGAACCCCAACGAAAUGAAAAUGAAACUCUUGUGAUGCCUGUAGCUUCCAGAGUAGCAAUAACAGGGCGAGGCACUGUAGUCGUCGGUACAAUUGAGUCAGGUGUUUUAAAAAAAGGCGAUAAGUUGGAAAUCAAAGGCAAUGGAAAAGAAGUACUAACAACGGCAUCUGAUAUUCAGGUUUUCGGCCAAAGUGUGAAAGAGGUUCGGGCGGGUGACCAUUGCGGCGUUCUUUGCAGAGGGGUCAAAGCUGAUCAUGUUGCACGAGGUAUGUGGUUGGGUCACGUCGGUGCCAUCAAAGUAACAAACCAUGUGAAGGCAGAGAUUUACUUGCUUAGCGAGGAAGAGAAUGGUAGGAAAGUUGGCAUUCGGUCAGGAUUCACUGACAAACUUUUUUGCAGUACUUGGGAUCAGGUCGCGCGCUUUGAUCUUUCGCAAGAACUGCUCAUGCCUGGAGAAAAUGCUAGCGCUACAAUCACCUUGAUGCGUACAAUGCCCUUCCGCAAAGGAAUAUCGUUCACCUUAAGAGAUGGCAGUCACAAACAAACCAUAGCCAAGGGGAUGAUUUCAGAACUUCUUCCCCCUGUACAAGUUGAGAAGAGCAAUCUAAAAAAGGCCGCUGUCUCAUCUCUCGUCGACUAG